UUCAAUGCGAACUUGCCAGACCUAUUGGAGAAAACCCCCAAGGCAGGAUCUGUCACAGUUUCACUCAUUGGUUGGAAGACGAUCAGAAACAAUGUUAAAUGCACCAAGAUAUAAACUGGAGUCAGUGUGUAGGGCGUCGGGAGGAUUCUAGUGGUAACCAGAUAUCAAUGCCAAGAGAGCUUUUUUUUUCCGUGACCGGAUAAUUGAACACCGAAUUUAUUUGCGACCAUAUCGAAAAAUCUACAACGUUGUGCACCUGACUUCUUGGAUUUGUUUAACCUCUAAAGGAGCAUUUUUUAUGUUCUUACCCCGAAUCAAUGCAGAAUGCAAGGGCACAAGGUCCAACUGGACUGGAUUACCGGAUUACUGGACUGAUUAUAGGACAAUUAUCGGGCAAAAGUCCUUAUCGUUCUCCAGAUGUUCGUAAAUGAAAGGAAAAUGUAAGACUUGGUCCCGAAUGAGCGUAUUUAUUUGGUGCAUCUGCUUUACUUUAUGGGUUGGUUCAUGUGUACAUAACCUGUAUGCAACAGUGUGUAGCUCUCAGAAAAAGUAUACUGUGUAGAUGGUAGCUGACUAUGCUGGAAAAUGAAUGGUUAAAUGAAUGACUAUCUCAGUAUUUUGCUGUAGGUAGGCUAUAAGGGCAUUGCGCUUUUCUACUGCCUAACCUUCAGCAUAGAGCGAUGUACAAACGUUUGUAACCUUGUAACAACAGGGGAAAUCAUAAACGCUUUAAAAUCACUGAAUAUAUUUUAUUCACCGCACCAGCGAAUCACGUCUGCCACAUGUUAAAUGUUGUGUUGCGUUAAUGCGUGAUAUGUCUUUAGGCGUUCAUCUUUGUUUACAGAAAGAGUUAAUCAUAGCUGUACGGCAUGUGGAGGUUAAAAGGACAGCGGAAAGAGAGAAAAUAUAUCAAGAAAUCGAUGUAAUAACCUCUCCGUUGUGUUAGAUACAAAACUACCUGUCUCGUGUGAUUUUAGUCGUAGUGUGUUCGCUGAACAAAUCAACAGGUUGGAAGUUAAAAAGGGAAUUUUUAAGCACGCGCAUCCUACACAGUAAAUGGAUAUGCGUCUUCCUGUCAUCUUUUUCCUUCUCUUUUGGGCUAAAGCCCGGACACUGACAAAUCUCAAUUAUUCCGUUCCAGAGGAGCAGGGACCUGGAACUGUUAUCGGAAACAUUGCUAAGGAUGCCGGAUUUGGACCGGUGGAGAGAGGGGGGAAAUCUAACUUUAGAGUUCUGGAGAAUUCUGCUCCACAUCUCAUUGAUGUGGAUCCGGAGAGUGGGCUGCUUUUUACCAAACAGCGAAUCGACAGGGAGACAUUGUGCAGACGCAACCCCAAGUGUCAGCUCUCCAUGGAAGUGUUUGCCAACGACAAGGAAAUAUGCAUGAUCAAGAUUGAUGUAGUGGAUAUAAACGACAACUCUCCCAGUUUUCCCUCAGAUCACAUCAAUAUUGAUAUUUCAGAGAAUGCAGCUGCUGGGACACGUUUCCCUCUAACAAUUGCGCAUGACUCAGAUUCUGGGGGAAACGGAGUAAAGAGUUAUCAGGUCACCAGAGAUGAUUACAAUACAUUUUCUUUGGACUUGAAAUUGAGGGGCGAGGGAACCAUCUAUCCUGAAUUGGUGGUUCAGCGACCUCUAGAUAGGGAGGAUCAGUCCCAUCACACCCUCCUUUUGACAGCCAUUGAUGGAGGGGAGAAUCCAAGAUCAGGGUCCAUGCAAAUCAAUGUGAGAGUUACUGAUUCAAAUGAUAAUAGCCCCGUAUUUGACAAACCCGCCUAUGUGCUGGAGCUCCCUGAAAACUCACCACCUGGGAAAAUGCUGAUAGAUCUGAAUGCAACAGACCAAGAUGAGGGCAGCAAUGGACAGGUAGUCUAUUCUUUCAGUGGAUAUGCAUCUGAUAGAGUCCAGGAGUUGUUUUCUAUUGACCCCAACACAGGUGUCAUAAAGAUUCAGGGAGAAAUUGACUAUGAAGAGAAUCCGACCAUUGAAUUUGACGUGCAGGCCAAGGACCUGGGGCCUAACCCCAUCCCUGGCCAUUGUAAGAUUUCAGUCAAAGUGCUUGACAAGAAUGAUAAUUGGCCUGUCAUAAGUUUUGUUUCAGUCCGCCAGGGAGCUAUCAGUGAGGCAGCGCCUCCAGAAUCUGUCAUCGCCCUGGUGAGAGUCACUGAUAAAGAUUCUGGGAGAAAUGGCCAGCUCCAAUGUAGGGUGCUUGGCAAUGUACCAUUCAGGCUGCAGGAAAACAAUGACAAUUUUUACACUCUGCUCACAGACAGACCUCUAGACAGGGAACUGAAAGACGAAUAUAAUGUGACAAUAGUGGCCAGAGACAACGGAAUACCCUCCUUGAAUUACACCAAAUCGUUCACAGUGAAAAUCUUAGAUGAGAAUGAUAAUGCACCACGUUUCACCAAGACAAUCUAUAUGCUCCAGGUGCCUGAGAACAACAUACCAGGGGAGUACUUAGGCUCAGUUCUGGCUCAUGAUCCAGAUAUAGGUCGGAAUGGAACUGUGUCUUACUCCAUUUUGCCAUCGCACAUCGGAGACGUGUCAGUUUACACCUACGUGUCUGUCAAUCCUACCAACGGAGCCAUAUACGCCUCAAGGUCUUUCAACUACGAACAAACUAAGUUCUUUGAGUUCAAUGUUCAAGCUAAAGAUGCAGGGUCUCCUCAUAUGGAGAGCAGUGCCACAGUCAGGGUCGGUGUGCUUGACGUCAAUGACAAUCUACCAUUUAUUGUAUUACCCCUCCUGAUAAAUGACACUGCGGAAAUCAUGGUCCCUAGAAAUGUAGGCCUGGGGUACAUAGUGACCACCGUAAGAGCGGUCGACCACGACUACGGUGAGAGCGGUCGACUGACCUACGAGAUCUCAGAGGGUAACGAGGAGCACCUGUUUGAGAUGGACCCUGUGGCCGGUGAGGUCAGGACUGCCCAUGCUGUGUGGGAGGACGUGGCCUCAGCUGUAGAGCUGGUAGUGAAGGUAACCGAUCACGGCAAGCCCCCGCUUUCUGCUGUGGCUAAGCUGAUCAUUAAGGCCAACACAGGAGCCAUGGCAGGAGGGGAGUCCAGGGCUAGCGGGGAGCAGCAGCACUGGGACUUGUCCCUGCCCCUCAUCGUCACCCUCUGCAUCAUCUCUGUCAUGCUGCUGGCUGUCAUGACUGCCAUCGCUGUUAAGUCCAAGCAUCAAGAUAAGGAGGCUGGGAAUUAUAAGUGCCGCAUGGCUGAGUACUCCAACUCCAAUCCCCCGGUGGGGAAGGGCAAGAAGAAAAGGAUCAACAAGAACGAAAUCAUGCUGGUGCAGAGCGAGAUGGAGGAGAGGGACUCUGUGAGCAGGAUGAACGUGGUGAGCAGCCCGUCUCUCAUCACCUCGCCUAUCUGUUUCGACUACCAGACGACCAGCCCGCUGCCUCUCACGCUGCCCAGGUCAGAGGUCAUGUACCUCAAAACCACCUCCAACAGCCUGACGGCGCCUCGGGCUGGAUGUCACUCAAGCUUCGCGGGGCUUACCACAGAGACUACUAUGAAUAGAAUGUCAGUCAUACAGACGGAUAAUUUUCCCUCGGAGCCCAAUUAUGCGGCCAACAGCCAGCCAUUUGCUCAAAGCAGCUCAACAUUUAAGGAUGCAGAGCAAGCGAGCCUCCGAGACAGUGGCCAUGGUGAUAGUGACCAGGCUGAUAGUGACCAGGAUACUAAUAAAGGCUCCCACUGCGACACUUCUGCCAGGGAGGCCCUCAAGAUGAAAGCCACAGCAGUUAAUGGCCAGCCUCUCGAGCAGGGACAAGGCAGAUCUGUUCACUGCACAGAUGAAUGUCGUGCGCUGGGCCAUUCUGACAGAUGCUGGAUGCCAAAGUUACAUGUAGGAAGCCAAGCAGACAGCGCCGAUAAUCGCACCAACCUUUUCAUCCCAGUGGGAAUGGAGGCCAUGGUGGAGACAGAGAUUUAUGGCAGCCUCAACCGCAGCGCAGCCAGAAAAACCCUCAGCACGUUCGGGAAGGAGCAGCGGGACAGCAUCAUCCUAGUAGCCAACGUCAAACCCUACUUAAAGUCUCAGCGCGGCCUCAGUCCCCUGCUGCAGGAGUGCUCCUCCAUGUCCAGCAGCCCCACCAAGGGGGACACACCCCUGGACUCCCCCACCAAAGGGCCCAGGGAGGAGGUGGGGAGGGACGGGGAGGGGGACUCAGACAGCAGUGCCUACGGACCCCCAGAUGGCCAGUGUUCACCGCCCCAUACAGAACUGGAGGAGCCGUCGUACCUGUCCUGCGACCUCAGUCCCAAGUCCCUGUCCAACAGCCUUAUCCACAGCUCUGGGAUCAGAUCUGGGAUCAUCAGCCAGGAGUGUGGGGGGACGGAGUACGUCAGUCUGGACCAGCGGGAGUCUGGGAACUGAAAGGUCAGAGUCUGAGCCUUGCUCUCAUUUGGCCGCCGUGUGAUGAGGUCACAGAUGAAUGAUGGAGGGGUAAUUUGUUUUGACCCAGCAAGGUUCCAGACAUGCAUUGUAUAACCAAAAACCAUCAGACAUUAGCUAUCUCUUUUUUUAUUCUGUGGUUUGUUGUUUGAAGUAAAGUGUGUUUCCUUGGUUCUGACUGCUGUGAGCGGAAGGGGAAGAAAACCAUUGCUUUCAUGCGAUUACGUGUUUUCAUGGUAUACCCUUCAAUUUAGAUGUCCGUGUUUUGCACAUUUCAAGCUCCAAUUUUGUGAGGCUGUUGAACGAAUUGCUCCUGUUAAACUAUUGAGUCCUGUCUGCUUAUGUACAGUGAUAUGCUUUUGUCUUCACUUACUAUAUUGUAUGAGAAACAUCAUUUUGGAUAUUUCAGACAAUUGAAAUACAUAUCAUUCAAGUAUAAUACAAUGUGAAGUGUCUUAUGAACGUUUAAAGGCGACUCUGCUCUGGUAGAAUAGGGAAUGUCACUUUUCAUCAAACAAUUUGAGGUUCCUGAAAAAUCUAACCGUUUUUUAUGAAUGUAUUUGUAAUUUUAUUGUCGUCUUCUCUGCAGUUUAUGUGCAAAUAAGCUGAGCUUUCAAGUGAAUAUAAGCUACUGUACUUGUUGUUAUUAAAUUUGUAUACACA